AUGCUGGGCAUCCACGACUCGAGCGCUCAGUGGUUGAACGAGGAGCGGCUGAUCGGGAUCGGCGCACACUGCGGUCAAUGUCCCUCCAAGGCCGCGUUACUCGCCACACCGUCCUCGAGAAGCAGCGUCCUAAAAUCCCGCAUUAAGCGAGACUUGGCUCUGGAUCGCCACGCAAUCUACGAUCGCUCGCGUGAACCAGACAGCAACGGUGAGAUCCUCUCCAUUUCGGAACGCCAGAUGCACAUCCUGGAGCGCGCCGCGACCGCUAACAUGAACGUGCUGACCCCAGCGCUGGUGGCCAGCAUGGAGCUGCACUGUCGCGACUUCGUCACCAAGGCGAACAACGAGGACAUAGUGUACGGCAUGUAG